AUGACCAAUCCGGCGAGUAUGUGCGAUUACGAUUUCCAGCUGCCGCACUUGGACAUUAAAGGAUUUGUGGUCGAUUACUUCAGUUUCAGAAUUGAAAAAGAUAGAUUAGAAUGGCAUGAGCGUCCUGAAUUGCCUUACGGUGUACAACCCGAACACAAAGUUAUGAGACGACUUGCUUCCAUUUUCGAAAGAAGACACACAGUUGAACUUGAUGGAUUUGCUAAUGAGCUUCUCGAAGAUGAGCAUCUCUCUUUUGCCCGUUAUUGCGAUAUUCUGGAGGAGUUUGGCAGAGUAGAGAAUGAAGAAGCUCGAGGCAUGUCAUAUGGACGUCUUGUCGGUAUCAUAGCUUUCGGAGGAGUGGUUGCUGCUCGUAUGAUGCAGCAUAACUUACGCAAAGAAGUUCAACAAAUUUUCCUAUACACUUCCCGUUUCGUGGAUGCCAGAAUCCGCCUGACUUGGCCCACUGAGAGAAAGAGCUGGAAGCUAUUCAUGACUGUCGCUGCAGAUAUAAUUCAACGCGAUGAUAAAUCCCUGAUGGAAGAGAGCAACUUCUCACGGCGACGCUGGAGCAUUGUCAUAGGAGCGGCGUUAGUUGGAAUCGGAGCUAUAAUCGGAACGAAAACACUCAUGUCGAAAUAG